AUGUACAACCAUAGCAACAACAGCUUCCAAUCAUGCCUCCUAUGCCUUUUUGGCCCCCUUAACUGCUAUCAUUCCCCCUCCCCUCUCUCCCUUUCUCUCUUCUUUCUCUAUGGCACUGUCUCUGUCUCUGUCUCCAUCCCCUUCUUACUCAUUCUGUCCUUCUCGUCCAACCAUUCCUGGACCUGCUUCUUGCCACACACCCACCAGCGACAACCCCUACCAAGUACCGGCACUAUCCCUGGCGGCCCCCAAUACAGGUCCCUGAACUCCCCCUUUCGACUCUCCGGGCAAACCCUCUCCGGGUCUACGAUGUACCUAAGAAUACGCCCACAGUGUGUCACAGCAGGCCGUCUUGGCGCAACGACUUACACGCUUAUGGUCAAACACCAUUUUAUCUACUGUCUACAUCAUGUUUUCGCCGUUCCCCUUACCAUUUAUAACACAGCAUGAUUCUU